AGCUUGGGUAGGAAAGAGGGCGAUUUCUUCUGUGCUUGAAUCUCAGAGAUUUCUCGAGUGGUUGGGAAGGACAAUACGAUUUCUGCCUUUCCUGUCAUACGGUUUUGUUUUUUGCUAGCUGGGGGUUAAAAUUAGCUGUCGGGGCGACUUUCCUUGAAAUUUGCUUCCCUUCACAUGCCUGCGGCUUGCCUGCUUGGGGUGGUGCAGCCUAGAGAGAGGGGGGUGGGAGGGGAGAGUUUGCGGCUGAUGUAGGAUCGUCGUCGGGUUUCUCCUUUCUCCUUCCCCUUCAGCGCGGAAAGAGGAGGAAAGAAAGAGUCAAUCGGAGCCGUAGGCGAAAACCCCCAAGAACGUCCAUGGCCUCCCGAUCGCUCCGUUUUUGGACGAGGUGGAUAAUGAAAUCUUUGUUGCCACAGCUCUGACUACUUUUGAAUUUUAUUUGGAAACUAGCCAGGGUAUAUUCUUCUUGAAGACGUUGGGCAUUUCACGGAAUUACCGCAAAGAAGAGACUUUUCUUCUCUAACCUUUUAUAAUUCAGAUAUUUUAUUAAAACAUGGAAAAUGAGAUAUUCACACCUCUUUUGGAGGUCUUCAUAUCCAGCCCACUUGUUACCUGGGUUAAGACAUUUGGAUCCUUAGCUGGACAAAAUGCUAGCAACCUGGAAGAAUAUGUUGCACUUCUAGAUGGAGUUUUCUUAAAUGAAGUUAUGUUGCAAAUAAAUCCUAAAGUACCUAGUCAAAGAAUAAAUAAGAAGAUCAACAAUGAUGCAUCACUUCGAAUUCAAAAUUUGUCUAUUUUAAUAAGACAAAUUAAAUCAUAUUAUCAGGAGACAUUGCAGCAAUUAAUCAUGAUGCCUUUGCCAAAUGUUUUAAUAAUUGGAAAAAAUCCCUUUUCAGAACAAGGCACUGAAGAAGUAAAAAAACUCCUACUACUUCUGCUUGGUUGUGCUGUUCAGUGCCAGAAGAAAGAAGAAUUCAUUGAAAGAAUACAGAGUUUAGAUUUUGAUGUAAGAGCAGCUGUUGCUGCCCAUAUACAAGAGGUAACUCAUAAUCAGGAAAAUGUGUUUGAUCUCCAGUGGAUGGAUGACAGUGCUGUGGCUCAAGAUUAUAUUGAACCUCUCCUAAAAAACAUGGCAUUGCAUUUAAAACGACUUAUAGAUGAGCGAGAUGAGCAUUCUGAGACUAUCAUAGAGCUUUCUGAAGAACGAGAUUCUCUUCAUUUUCUACCUCAUGCAUCAGCAGCACAAUCACCUUGUGGAUCUCCAGGAAUGAAAUGCACUGAAAGCAGACAACACUUAUCAGUAGAAUUAGCAGAUGCCAAAGCAAAGAUUAGAAGGCUUAGACAAGAGCUUGAGGAAAAGACUGAACAGUUGUUGGAUUGUAAGCAAGAAUUUGAACAGAAUGAAACUGAAUUAAAGCGACUUCAACAAGAGAAUAUGAGUUUACUUUCGGAUGCCCGAUCUGCCAGAGUGUAUCGGGAUGAACUUGAUGUUCUCAGAGAGAAGGCAAUUCGGGUUGACAAGCUUGAAAGUGAACUCAGCCGAUAUAAAGAAAGACUACAUGAUAUUGAAUUCUACAAGGCUAGAAUAGAGGAGCUAAAAGAAGAUAAUCAAGUAUUACUGGAAACAAAGACAAUGUUGGAAGAUCAGUUAGAAGGAACCCGAGCCCGUUCUGAUAAAUUGCAUGAAUUGGAAAAGGAGAAUCUGCAAUUAAAAGCUAAACUCCACGAUAUGGAGAUGGAACGUGAUAUGGAUCGGAAAAAAAUUGAGGAACUUAUGGAAGAAAAUAUGUCACUAGAAAUGGCUCAGAAGCAAAGUAUGGAUGAAUCACUACAUUUGGGCUGGGAACUUGAACAGAUAAACAGAUCAUCAGAAAUUUGUGAAGUGCCACAGAAGUCACUUGGUCAUGAAGUGAAUGAACUAACAUCUAGUAGAUUAUUAAAACUAGAAAUGGAAAACCAAACUUUAUUAAAAACAGUAGAAGAAUUACAAAAUGCAAUGGGUUCCGUAGAAGGCAAUAACUCGAAACUAAUGAAAAUGGAAAGAGAAAAUCAAAGGCUAAGUAAAAAGCUGGAAGGACUUAAGAAUGAAUUUACUGAAGAGAAACAGAGUCAUCAGAGUAGUCAGAAUCUUUGCAAAGAUCUUAUGAAAGAGAAAGCACAGCUUGAAAAAACGAUCGAAACUUUGAGAGAAAAUUCAGAAAGACAGAUUAAAAUCCUGGAACAGGAAAUCGAACACUUGAAUCAAACUGUAACUUCACUUCGACAGCGUUCACAAAUCAGUGCUGAAGCAAGAGUAAAAGAUAUUGAGAAGGAAAAUAAAAUUCUCCAUGAAUCUAUCAAAGAGACAAGCAGCAAACUGAGUAAAAUAGAAUUUGAAAAGAAGCAAAUGAAAAAAGAGUUAGAACAUUAUAAAGAAAGGGGAGAAAGAAUGGAUGAGCUGGAGAAAGAAGUUCAUCAUCUUGAAAAAGAAAAUGAACUAUUACAGAAAAGAAUUACUAAUUUAAAAAUUACAUGUGAAAAAAUUGAUUCUUUAGAACAAGAGAAUUCCAGUCUAGAUGUUGAAAACAGAAAGCUGAAAAAGACUUUAGAUAGUCUGAAAAAUCUCAGCUUUCAAUUAGAGUCCUUAGAGAAAGAGAAUGCACAACUUGAUGAAGAAAACUUAGAACUCAGAAGAUCUGUUGAAUCUUUGAAGAGUACCAACAUCAAGAUGGCUCAGUUAGAACUGGAAAAUAAAGAACUGGAAAGUGAAAAAGGCCAGCUACAGAAGAGCCUGGAUCUUAUGAAAGCAUCCUUUAAAAAGACAGAACGUUUAGAAGUGAGUUAUCAAGGCUUGGAUACAGAAAAUCAAAGGUUGCAGAAAACCCUAGAAAACAAUAACAAAAAGAUUCAACAUCUAGAAAGUGAAUUACAAGAACUGGAGUCAGAAAAUCAGACCCUGCAAAAAAAUCUUGAGGAACUCAAAAUCUCCAGUAAACGUUUAGAAAAAUUAGAAAAAGAGAAUAAACUUUUGGAGCAAGAAACAACCCAGCUAGAAAAAGAUAAGAAACAGCUAGAGAAAGAGAAUAAAAGGCUCAGGCAACAAGCAGAUGUUAUGGAUAGCACACUAGAAGAAAAUAAUGUGAAAAUAGGUCACCUGGAAAAAGAGAACAAAUCACUCUUUAAAGAAAUUGGUUUAUGUAAAGAAGCAUCUAUUCGUCUAAAAGAAGCAGAAAAGGAAAAUAAAGAGCUUGUAAAAAGAGCUACCAUUGACAAAAAAACACUUGUCACAUUACGUGAGUUAGAUGUGUCAAUUCUAUUAAAUCACACAUAUAUACAACUUUUGAAAGAGAAUGAAGUUCUUCAGGUUGAUCACAAGAAUUUAAAAACUUUACUGAACAGUUCUAAAUUAGAGCAAACACGACUGGAGGCUGAAUUUUCUAAACUUAAAGAACAAUAUCAACAACUGGAUAUUACUCAGACAAAAUUAAAUAAUCAGUGCGAGUUGCUUAGCCAAUUAAAAGGGAACUUGGAAGAAGAAAACAGACAUCUACUGGACCAAAUACAGACUUUAAUGCUACAAAACAGAACACUUUUGGAACAGAAUAUGGAAAGCAAAGAUCUCUUCCAUGUUGAGCAAAGGCAAUAUAUUGACAAGUUGAAUGAAUUGAGAAGACAAAAAGAAAAAUUAGAAGAAAAGAUUAUGGAUCAGUAUAAAUUCUACGAACCAUCUCCACCUAGAAGGAGAGGCAACUGGAUUACUCUGAAAAUGAGGAAAUUGAUAAAAUCAAAGAAAGAUGUCAACCGAGAACGGCUUAAAUCUCUGUCUCUGACACCAACCCGCUCAGAAUCUAGUGAAGGAUUUCUUCAGCUGCCACAUCAAGAUAGUCAAGAUAGUUCCUCUGUGGGUUCAAAUUCACUUGAAGAUGGCCAGACAGUGGGGACUAAAAAAAGCAGCAUGGUUGCACUGAAAAGACUGCCCUUUUUGAGGAACAGACCGAAGGAAAAAGACAAAAUGAAGGCCUUCUACCGUCGCUCCAUGUCAAUGAAUGACCUGAUGCAGUCCAUGGUCUUAGCAGGAGGACAAUGGAUAGGUAGUUCUGAGCAUCUGGAAGGUCCUGAUGAUACAUCCACGGGUAAAAGGAGAAAAGAAUUGGGAUCUAUGGCCUUCUCUACUACAUCCAUCAACUUUGCAACUGUCAACUCUGCUGCAGGCUUGAGAUCCAAGCAGUUGCUUAAUAAUAAAGAUACAACAUCUUUUGAAGAUGUAAGUCCACAAGGAAUUAGUGACGAUUCUAGUACAGGUUCAAGAAUUCAAGCUUCCAGACCAGCCAGCCUUGAUAGUGGCAGAACAUCAACUAGCAAUAGCAAUAAUAAUGCAUCACUCCAUGAUGUCAAAGCAGGUGCAGGUAACAACCAAAGCAGGCCUCAAAGCCACAGUAGUGGAGAAUUUAGCCUACUUCAUGAGCAUGAAGCAUGGUCCAGCAGUAGCAGCAGCCCCAUACAGUAUUUGAAAAGUCACACUAAGUCUAGUCUCCUGCUUCAUCAUACAAUGUCAGAAAAAAUAGAUAAACAAGGAAUACGGAGAAUUAAAACGAAAUCCCCUGGAAGUGAAAUGGUUACUCUGCAGCAAUUUCUGGAAGAAAGUAAUCAAGUUACUUCAGUUGAGCUAAAAUCUUCAAGCAAAGAUAAUCUUUUGGAUGAAGUAAUGAAAUUUUUUUCAGAAAACGCUGAGUUAACAGGAAGAGAAAAACUAAGCAAACAGACAUCAGGCAGUAGUGGUAUUGUCAGAUCACAGAGUGUAAGAAAUACAACAGAAUUAUCUGAUGGAAAGUUAGGUAAGCAAGAGCCUUUUGCAAGGCUCAAUUUAAACAGAACAGAAGAUUCUAAAGAUUUGAACUUUUUAGAGACUUACGCUGCAGGCAGUCAGGGAAAGGUCAGAUCUGUUAAAGAAAAUGUCCAGUUACAGCGACAAUCAAAAGACUGCAAUCCCUAUGCUACUUUACCUCGUGCAAGCAGUGUGAUUUCAACAGCAGAAGGAACUACUCGGAGGACCAGUAUCCAUGAUUUUUUAUCUAAGGACACUAGGCAGCCAAUAUUUGUUGAUCCAACUCCAGCUACAGCUGAACAAAGUAUUAUAUCAUCUUCGAGUGAGUACAAUCCUCAACAACAAUCUUCUAUUUUUUAUUAUGCUCCUGAUAAUGCAGUUACUUUUUCCAAAAAUGACUUAGCUAAUAUUACUAUACCUGAUCAUUUGAAUAUACCUGAAAGGCCUAGCAAUUCCAGAACAAAGACCAAAUUUAUUACUAAAACAUUUUCUCUCAGUAAUGUAAAUAAUGAUAAAGUAGGCAUAUCAUCUUCAGGACAUUUUUCCAUGCCAUUUUUGACACUUAAUACUGAAUUAGUCUGUGAUGUUAGCGGAUUACCUCAAACAUCCAUAACCAGAACAGCUAAAUCAUUUCAUUCAUUGGUGAAAUUGCCACAGAAGGAUCACAAACAACCUUAUGAAAAUCAGAAAUCUGAUAAUAAAAAGAUAGAUGUCACACAGAGUAGCAAUAAACUUGAAAGCCUUGUGCAUACAGGUCCUAAUGAUAGUGAAUCCCCUUUAUUAGCUGAUGAAGAUACCCAAACUAUUUGGUAUGAAUAUGGUUGUGUAUGAUAAGAUAAAUAGUUAAGCAACCUCCCUGAUAAAGUAUGAAUGGACUUGAAACUUAGAGCCUACCUUAUUAAUUAGAAAAAAAACAUAAGAUUUUUGUUUCCUUGAGUAGGGAUGAAUAAUUCACCUUUUUUUCUUAGCAUGUGAAUUCUUAGCAUGAGAAGGAAUGUAAAGUGAAAGCCAUGCUAAAGUUUGCAUGAAGUAUUAACUGCAAUGUGUGAUUGCUGCAUGCCUCAUCAAAAAUCUUAAUGCAAGCUAACUGAUUUUUUAUCUUCUAUUUGUUAAAAAUGUGUUAUGAACAUUACUGGAUGCAUGCUCGCCAAUUGCAUGGUGCCAUGCCAGAAACAUCAUUUAAAAAGAUAAUUACAGCAUAGCAAUUACAAUGAUUUACAGCAAUUACUAAUUUUUGGACAGUUUCUCUUCUAUUCAGAUGCUGCAGUUUUAUGUGGAUUAGAUUUUAGGCUACAUUAAAUUUUGACUGAUUUAAAAUAAAUAGAAUUGUUUGGUUGUCCAGAAUUUGUUUUUUUCACUUUAUAAUUUACAGAUCAGUUGUAUGUCUGCACACCCAGAAAUAAGUUCCACAAAUAUUUGUUUGGAUUCCCCCCCCCCCCCAAAAAAAAAAACCAACCUGUGCUUCAUGUUGCAUUGUAUUCAUGUCACCUGAACCUGAAUUGAGCCCUUCCUGUUCUUUCCCACUUAGGCUAGUAAAAAAUGUGGAAGGAAGUCUGUAUUGUAAUCUUUAAUUUAUAAUGUAUCCUAAAGAAAUGUUAUAGUCAGAAUAAUUCAGUGUAACUGCCAUUUACAUACUCAGUGUGAACUCUUAGUAUAAAAUAUAUGGCAUAAAGCCGAAAUGAUGAUUCUGAUUUUGUUUAAUGAUAUAUAACAGGCGAAGUUGCACUGAAAGGACAAACCUGUUUCAUUUCUUUGUUUUUUUCUGUUCUUUCCCAUUCCAUGCUUGUACCCCUGUGUUGCGUUGUCUGUAGGCCUACAUAAGA